AUGUCUCUUCGCCCGGGCACAACAAGCACCGUGGUGCGCAAGAAAUCGUACAAGACUGGAGUGGAUGCGGACCAGCCUCGGAGGAGAAGGGAGGACAACUUGGUGGAGAUCAGGAAGAACAAGCGCGAGGACAAACGCAGCCCUCCAAUUGACGAGGUUAUAAAAGCAGGUGCGGUCCCUCGGUUUGUGGAGUUUCUUGGAAGACGUGAUAUGCCCCAAUUGCAAUUUGAAGCUGCAUGGUCUUUGACCAAUGUUGCAUCUGGAACAUCAGAUCAUACACGAGUUGUUAUUGAACAUGGUGCGGUCGCCAUGUUUGUGCAGCUUCUUAGCUCUGGCAGUGAUGAUGUUGCAGUAUGGGCUCUAGGAAAUGUUGCUGGCGACUCUCCUAGUUGCAGGGAUCUUGUUCUUGGACAAGGUGCACUAAUGCCAUUGCUGGCUCAAUUAAAUGAACAUUCCAAGUUAUCCAUGCUAAGGAAUGCUACAUGGACUUUAUCAAACUUUUGUCGUGGCAAGCCAGCAACACCAUUUGAUCAGGUGAAGCCUGCCUUACCAAUUCUUCGACAACUUAUUUACUUAAAUGAUGAAGAAGUCUUGACAGACACUUACAUAGCCUAG